AUGAACAGUACAAUGAACAGUAUGAUGAACAGUAGGAUGAACAGUACGAUGAACAGUACAAUGACCAGCUACGAUGACCAGCACGAUGACCAGCAGGAUGAUCAGCACGAUGAACAGUACGAUGAACAGUACGAUGAUCAGCACGAUGACCAGCACGAUGACCAGCAGGAUGAUCAGGACGAUGAUCAGUACGAUGAUCAGUACGAUGAACAGUACGAUGAACAGUACGAUGAACAGCACGAUGACCAGCAGGAUGAUCAGUACGAUGAACAGCACGAUGAUCAGUACGAUGAAAAGUACGAUGACCAGAAGGAUGAUCAGUACGAUGAACAGCACGAUGACCAGCAGGAUGAUCAGCACGAUGACCAGCACGAUGACCAGCACGAUAACCAGCAGGAUGAUCAGCACGAUCAUCAGUACGAUGAAAAGUACGAUGACCAGCAGGAUGAUCAGCACGAUGACCAGCACGAUGACCAGCAGGAUGAUCAGUACGAUGAACAGCACGAUGACCAGCAGGAUGAUCAGCACGAUGACCAGCAGGAUGACCAGCACGAUGACCAGCACGAUGACCAGCACGAUGACCAGCACGAUGACCAGCACGAUGACCAGCACGAUGACCAGCACGAUGACCAGCUGCUUUUACGUACCACCCCAGCAUGUCCGGUAUCGAUCAGAGUUGGGUGGACUCAGGAACGUCACACAAAACCCCAGAGUUCAAUAGACCAGUCACCGGGAUUGGAACUCGAGACCUCCCCACUCCUUCCCAUGGUUGGGAAGCCAAGAACUUUCUAG